GACUGAAUUACCAUAGAAACUGGUUGGACUGUUCAUAGAAGCAGCUGAAAGCUGAAAUGCUCAAACUGUCAAGGUCACUGAUCCAGCCUGUUAACAACACUGAUCACUGAUUACAGCCGAUGUUUGCUGAGUAUUUUUAUAAACCAGGAAAAGGUGUAUUUGGAAGCUGCUGACAUAUAGCGUCACUGCAGUCGAAGCCUUUCAGGGUUUUUUUUGUAUCUUCUUGUGAUUAUUCUGACAGGUGACAGAACAGGAGCCAUAUGGAGUAAAAGUCAUUGCUGGCACAGGUAAACACCCACUCAUGGAUCUGAAAUCAUCUGAAAAUCUACUGUAGAGGAUCACACAAAAUUAACAUUAAAUGGUGCAGAGUACAAGGAUGACAGAGAAGAAGCUUAACAGAAUCCCAAACAUACAAGCCACAGCCUUGUUCAAAUUACUUCCCACAUGAAAAUCACAUAAUUCCUCACAAUGUCAUCAAGAAGUGGUGUUCCUACCAAUAUCAGUGUCUCAGUACUCCAUGACGUCCUCAGUUCCUCCUCACCCUCUUCUGUUCCCUCCACCACCCCUCCAUCUCCAUCUUGCAGCAUAGAUGAGUCCUACAAGUACAUCUUCCUCCCCAUCUGUUACUCUUUCACAUUCAUCUUCAGCAUCUUCCUUAACUCUGUUGUCCUCUACCGUUCCUUCCGCCAGACCAAGCGCUGGAAUGCCUCUCUGAUCUACAUGGUUAACCUGGCCUCUACAGACUUCAUGUACGGCCUGUCGCUGCCAUUCCUUGUGGCUAGUUACAUCAUGCGUGACCGCUGGGUCUUUGGGGGCUUAAUGUGUCGCCUGGUCCGUUUUCUCUUCUACUUUAACCUCUACUGCUCCAUCUUCUUCCUCACUUGCAUCUCUGUCCACAGGUACCUCGGUAUCUGCCACCCAAUGAAAGUCAUCAAACUGGAGACCAAGAAGGCUGUGAAGUGGACUUGUGUCCUGGUUUGGAUUGUGGUUUUUGCAUUGACCUGCCCUAUCUUCCGGUUUGCUCAGAUUGGUCAUGUGACAAGACUUGGGGCACUUGGCACCAAUGCAAGCAGUACUGACAACACAACCCAUGAGAUAUUAUUGAUCAAUGGUAAUGCAAGCCAUGGUAACUUGGGAGGGGUCAUUGAGGAGUACCAGAGCUGUUGGGACGAUGCCAUAGAUAAGGAGUUUCCUGAUUACGUACCCUAUGGCAUCAUACUCCAUUUGCUGGGCUUUUUUGGGCCUUUUUCCAUAAUUGCAUGGUGUUACUCUCAUGUUGUUCUAACCAUAUUUAGGACUCUGCAUUCGCGGCCCUCGUCCCACAGAGGUCCGAGAGACAGAGAUCAUGAAGGGUUGGAGGGAAGAGAGAGGACAAGACCUGCAAUAGUUGGAAGAGAAGGAGACAAUGGACUGUCAAGGGUAGUGGAAAGAGAUGAAGGGAUUUCCAUUUUUCUUGGCGCCCACUCACCAUAUGCCAAUCGCAGACGUAAAUCUAUCAAGACAAUUAUCACCAUCACCCUCCUCUUUGCUCUGUGUUUUUUCCCCUUUCAUGUAACAAGAACCGUCUUCCUCCUGUUGAAAGUGACUCAGAGAGUCCCCUGUCACACCAUGACCAUGGUCUCUAUGUGCUAUAAGAUUACGAGGCCUUUGGCGUCAUUCAACGCAUGGCUCAAUGCUCUCCUUUACUUCCUGACGAAAGACAAGGGGGGAGCUCACUGCUGCCCAACGGUAAACACCAACAUCCGACAACAUGAUGGGCUUCUGUUGCCACUGAGGUUGAUGGGAAAGGGAGAGGAUGUAGAGGAGGGAGGGAUGGAAGACAGAAUUCACAAUAAGGAGAAUAAAGAACUUCACAACAGUCUGUCAUACAUGCACAGAGCAAAAGUCAGAUAUAUAGUUGAAUGAAUGUUUUGUUGAGAAAUGAGAGUCAAUUUUAGAUGCACUGUAGGGUGUAUUUUACAGGAAAACAUAAUGUUAUAUAAUAUAUGAUAUGAUCACAGUAGCAAAAGCC